AUGUCGGUUGUAAUAAGGAAGAAAGAAUCGGAAAUAAAGGGCAGGCCGGCUCGCUUCCACACCCCGCCGGCCCGCCUACUGCUGUCUAUCCGCCCUGACCCCGCCUUGCUGGAAGAGUAUGUUCCGCUACCCACCCAAGACGCCGCCGUGCAGAGCGUCCCCAAGAUGUCCCAGCACGAGGUGAACACGGAGACCAUCGACUUCGCCAGCAGCGGGAUGAACCACACGGAGGGAGGCUGGCCGCGGGACGUCUCACUCACGGAGGACGACCAGAAGAUCCGAUACAAGAAGAAGAUUGAGAAGGACGAUGGAUACAUACACUCCAUGCUUCAACUGGGCGCGAGGAUCGAACACUGCAUCCGCCAAAACAACGCUAUCGACAUAUAUGAGAUGUACUUUGAGGAUGAGGAGGAGAGCGCCGUGGUGGAGGAUCCCGAACCUAUUAAGACGGUCAACGUGAUACGCGAUCCUCAUGCGGGGAGUCGGAUGCUAACCUCGCUAUCCUUCACGCCCGAGGGAGGACACAAGGUCGCCGCCGCCUAUUCGUCCAGCAGGUUUAUGGGACUCAGCGAACACACCCCGAGAAAGUCCUACAUUUGGGAUAUAAACACCAGUAGUCACCCGGAGCUGGAACUGUGUGGCCCGGCGUGGUUGCAAUGUCUUCAAUACAACUGCAAGGACAACAGCGUACUGGCGGCAGGCCUCAGCAACGGGCAGGUAUCAUGGUGGGACGCGCGCCAGGGUUCGAGCCCCGUUGAGUCUACUGGGUUAGCGAUAAGCCACAGCCAGAUGGUGACGUCCCUGACCUGGCUGGCCCACAAGACACGCUGCGAACUCUUCUCGGUUUCCCUCGACGGACAGGUUCUUUGGUGGGACACGAGAAAGUUAAGUCAACCCACCGAUCAACUAGUCCUGGACCCAGCUCGCGAGGACCCACCAAGCCACGCGCGGGCCCUUAGUGCAACGGCGUUAGAGUACGAACCAACCAUGCCUACGAAGCUGAUGGUAGCCACGGAGCAGGGGCAGGUUGUGGCGUGUAACCGGAGAGCCCGAAGCCCGCCCGAUCGAAUUAGUCUCAUAUACAACGCCCACAUCUCGCCUAUUUACGCUAUCCAACGGAACCCAUUUUUCCUCAAGAACUUUAUGACCGUGGGCGACUGGACGAUCAAGCUAUGGGCGGAGGAUUUUAAAGAGUCGCCUAUACUGUGGACCAAGCCAGCCCCCGCACAGCUACGUAGCGGCUGCUGGAGCGCCUCUCGAUCUUCUGUUCUGUUCACGGCUCGCUUGGACGGUGCUCUCGACGCCUGGGACCUCCUCACCUCCUGGACCACCCCCGCCUCAACGUGCCAGGUGGUGGACGAGGGCGUGGAGGUGGUGGUGACGCACGAGGGGGGGCGGCUGCUGGGGGCGGGGAGCCAGCUGGGCACUCUCUCCCUCCUGCACGUACCGCCGAGACUCGUGCAGCCCUCUGACAAACAUGAGAAACUCGCCUUUACUGCUAUCUUGGAGAGAGAAACGAGGCGGGAGAGAGUGCUGGAGGCAAGACACAAGGAGCAGAGACUGAGAGACAGAGUGAAAGGCGGAGGCGGGAGGGCGGCAGCAGCGGCGGCGGCGGCGGCGGUGGCGGUGUCGGGAGGAGCGGGUGGAGGAGGAGGUGGAGGAGGAGGCGGGCAGAAGGAUGAGGAGCCUGAUACACCUGUCGACCCAAUUAAGGAAGCGGAGGAAGAAUAUUAUCGCCAGGUAGCACAGUCUCUCUGGUCACCCUUGGACAAGGUGUAA